AUGGGUCUCCUUACAACGGCCAAGAGGAUCGCGUCCACAGACGAGUUGGACCUCCAGAAUGUCGAUCCCGGCACUAUUCGCAUUGAUUGUUCUGGAGCCUAUAUUGGUAAUGACAUACUUUUGAGAGACAACCUCAUCCAGGAAAAGCGCAAAAACUCAAUCAACGGCUGCUAUGUGUCCAGUUCUGAGUCGCUGGCUACUGCAAGCAGCUCUCCUACUCCAGAAGCUUCUUCCGAAGACGAGAAUGCUGAUGGUGACGACGAAGAGGAUAACAGCUCGACUUCCACUGCAUCCACUGCUAGAAUACCCAGAGACGCCUCUAACCUUCAGCUUGCAUACAACGGCCUGGUUGUCGUUGACGAGGAGUUGGAAUUGCCUUCUGACGACUACGACUUGACCAAAAACAUCACUCUACCACAGCAUAACCUGGAAAUUAUCCAUAUCUCUGUCGAUAUUGGCGGAACCCUCACCAAACUAGUUUACUUCACCAAAUCCACAGUCAAUGACAUCGGGGGUGGCAAAUUGCACUUCAAAGACUUCCAGACCGAAAACUUCAAACACGAGGCUCUAAAGUUCAUGAUAAAGUUAAUAUCCAAAUCGUGUCAUCGUGAGGAACACACACCUAUUACAUACAUCAUGGCUACGGGUGGAGGGGCGCAUAAGUUUUACGAACUCAUGACGAAAACGUUCCGUAAGCACAAAUUGCCCAUGAAGAUUAUUGCCAAAGAUGAGAUGGAGUGCCUUAUCAAAGGAUUGAACUGGUUGAUCACCAAGAUUCCAAACGAGAUCUUUACCUACGACUUGGUGCAGGAUGAUACCAAGUUCAUUGCUAAAUCGUUGCAGGAAGAGCAAGACAUAUUCCCCUACCUCCUUGUAAAUAUCGGUAGUGGGGUGUCGAUGAUCAAGGUCGUUGGACCUGGUCCAGAGGGCUUUGAGAGAAUAGGCGGUUCGUCUUUGGGUGGAGGAACACUCUGGGGGUUACUUUCGUUGUUGACCGACGCAAAGGACUACAAUGAGAUGUUGGAGAUGGCGCAGCGAGGCGAUAACGAGAACAUCGACUUGUUGGUGGGUGAUAUUUAUGGCACAAAUUACAACAAAAUCGGCUUGAAAGCAAACAACAUUGCAUCUUCGUUUGCCAAAGUGUUCAAAAAGUUGAGAUUCACUAACGGACGUAAACUCACGCCAGCAGAAAAGUUGGCCCAGUUCCGUUCUGAAGACAUAGCUCGUUCGCUCUUAUACUCUGUAUCUAACAACAUUGGCCAGAUUGCCUACUUACAAGCUCUUCGGUUCAAUCUCAAACGUAUCUACUUUGGUGGAAGCUACAUCUCCGGUCACAAACAGACCAUCCACACCUUGAGCUAUGCCGUUAAUUUCUGGUCUAAAGGAGACAUGCAAUCAUACUUUUUGAGACACGAAGGCUACUUAGGCAGUGUGGGAGCAUUCAUGAUGGGCCCAAACCACGAAAGCAGUUUACAGGAAAAAUAG